UCAGGACACAAUCUAUUGAAGUUCGUCUCGAGCAAACCAAGCUCUCUUUUGGGCAAACUCCCAUGGAAUCUUGUGUCCGCCAUGGAAUAUAACAAUUUAAAGGAUAAUUUCGACUUUUGAAGUCAGAAUUGUGAUAUAUAAAGUCAAUUGUGAAAUAUGAACUCGCAAUUCCGAGGUAAGUUCAAUUAUGAGGGGGGAAAGACUGACUUCUCGACUUUUUCCUCAUAAUUGCGAGUUUAUAUCUUACAAUUCACGUAAUUCUUUUUUUAAUGACACAAAAACGUUCAUUGAAAUAUAUUUAAAAUGCAAAUCUAUAGUUCUAAAUAAUAGUGUUUGUUUUGCCCAUAGACUGGUUUUGCAGAGGUGAAAGCCAGGUGAAAAUACGCCUUGAAUUAAUUGUAACGUACUUUUUUGGCUACUGAAGUGUUUGAAAACCCAAGAGAAACAUAAUAUAUAUAAUUUUAAAACUGUCCCUCACAGUUUGUUUUGAGUUCCCGGAUCAAUCCCAUGCUUAACUGAGGGGAUUUGGACCUGAUCGGGACAGGAGAUAACGGAACGGCGAUUUACCCCUAGGGGUAAUUGGGAGCAGAAUGAUGGAGUCGGGGCUAAAGGAUGAUCCGGCAAGACCGCAGAUGUUGGUCGUGGAAGAUCUAAGGAGAAAUCUGUCGUCCGAGUUCAGCGAAUGUUCAGGUUUACAGGACCCGUCAGACCAGGAGAAGGAACAUUUGAAGGUGUAUCUUAGAAUAAGACCAUUUUCAUCAGCUGAGAUGGUGAAUGGAGAAUCACAGGAAUGUGUGGCCAUUCAGACUCCAGAGACUGUGCUUCUCAAAGCUCCACGAUCAUCUCUCUCUGCCAGGCUCAGUGAUAAAUCAGUGCCAGUUACUGCUCAACGUUUCCAGUUCUCUCAGGUUUAUGGCCCAGACGCUACACAGAAGGAUAUGUUUGAGGGCACAGUGAAGGGUCUUGUAAAGGAUGUUUUAGAGGGACAAAAUUCUCUGGUCUUCACAUAUGGUGUCACCAAUGCUGGGAAGACCUUCACAUUUUUUGGUCCAGAUACAGAUCCAGGCAUCUUGCCACGUUCCCUCAACAUGAUCUUCAGUAGUCUGGAUGGACGCAUCUUCACUCAGAUGUGCUUGAAACCCCAGAGGUGCCGGGAUUUCAUCAGACUCAACAAAGAGCAGCAAAAUGAGGAAGCAGUUUGCAAACGCAACCUGCUCAAGCUUUUCAAAGAGACUGAUGCACAGAAGUCUUCCCUCAGCUUGCAGUCUGAUCUUGAAGAUGGUUCCACUCUCUGCGAUAGAAGCUCUGUAGCGAAUGAGAGUAGUUUGCCUGCAGAUAUGGACAAUCACACUAAGUUUUCUAUAUGGGUGUCGUUCUGCGAGAUCUACAAUGAGAACAUUCACGACUUGCUAGAACAGCAUGCGAGCAAUGCUUCACGGAGAACCAACCUCCGCCUUUGUCAAGACGUCAAAGGAAACUCAUUCAUCAAAGAUCUGAAAUGGGUUCAAGUGAGCAGCGCUGAUGAAGCCUUAAAAGUGAUGAAACUUGGGAAAAGGAAUCAGAGCAUCUCCAGUACUAAACUCAACCUGCUUUCUAGCAGGAGCCACAGUAUUUUCUCUGUCCGGAUCCUGAAGGUGGAGGAUGUGGGAAUACCCAGAGUGGAGUCAGUCAGCGAGCUGGCAUUGUGUGAUCUGGCUGGAUCGGAGCGAUGUGCUAAGACUCAAAAUAAAGGUGAACGGCUGAAAGAGGCGGGAAACAUCAACACCUCUCUGCUCAGUCUGGGAAAAUGCAUCAAUGCACUCAGAAAUAACCAGCAGGCCAAGUAUGCUAGUGCCUUUUUCUUUUCUUUUAUUCUCCCAUUUCUUUGUCUUUUAAUCACUCUUUGUCCGUUUAGACAGCACAUUCCAUUCAGAGAGAGCAAACUCACUCACUAUCUGCAGGGAUACUUUACUGGCCGGGGCAAAGCCUGUAUGAUUGUAAACAUCAACCAGUGCGCCUCAAUGUAUGAUGAGACACUCAAUGUCCUCAAGUUCUCUGCCGUAGCUCAAAAGGUGGUGGUCAUCACCACUAAGAGCGUUCCAGUAGUGGUGAAAAGGAGUGCCAGAGAGGUGUCCUUCAUUAUCAACAAUGUUGAUCGACGGGAAAUGCGACGUAGCUCGCUUGUACGAUGGGACACCAGCCUUGAGGAUGUCCAGGAAGAUUCUGACACUGAGGAGGGGUGGGAUGAAGAGGGGAGUGAAAUGGAGGACACCAUGCUGGACUCUGAGGAAGAAGGGAAAGAGACUGUGCUGCUUGAUAAAAAGGUCUAUGAGGCCCAGCUGCAGUUCAUAGAGUCGAUUCAGCAGCAGUUGAGGAAGGAGAAAUUAGAACACUUAGCUCUCGAGGCGCAUGUUCGGGAUGAGGUUACAAAAGAGUUCUCUGAGCUGAUUUCCCAGAUGCAGGAAGAUUACAGUGAGCGCAUAUCCAGAGAGAGGGAGCUGAUUGAAGAACGGUGUGAAAGGAGGCUGGAGAUUCUCAAAAAGCUGGUGGGAAAAACAGCUGUGGAGGACGACAGCAUGGUUUCAACUUCGACAAAAUCAGAGGAGGAGAACCAUGUCUCUCUAGACAGCAUGUAUGACUCUAUGAGCAGUGACCUAGCUGAAAUCAGACAGGAUGCCCUGGCUGCCCAUUCUUGCUUGGUGACCUCUGACCCUACAGUCUCUACAAAGCUGCAUGACCUUGAGAAAAAGGUCACAGAACUUUCACAACUGCUCAUUGAAACUCAGAAUCAGCUGUCACUCAAAUCAAAGGAGAUUGAAACCCAGAGCCGAAUAUCAGAUGAACUAGAGGAGGUUAAGAAGGCUCUGGAGAGCCAGAGGCAAAGGGAAUCAGAUCUGAGUGAAAUGUGCAGACAGAAGGAUGAGAUGGUUUCUAAACUCAAGACAGCUCUUGACCAACAUGUAGAAAACAGUAAUAAAAAGGAGAUCAUCCAACUUAAUCACAAUUGUACCUGCUCAGAGCAGCAGCCCAGUGCCCGGACUGAAACCAGAAAGCGGCGUCAGGAAGGAGAGGGGCUUGAUGGACAGCCCCCACUCAAGAAAGGUCCCCUGGAAGACUUUAAAGUCCAAGAUGAUGUUGCAGAUAAUGAGUGUCAAGACUCCGCCCUUCUUGAGGUCAAAGGUCAGCUGGAGUGUUGCCUUGCUGAAUCCAAACUAAAAGACAAGCAGAUCACAGAACUGGAGCAGGAAUGCCACACAUUAGAAGUUUGCAUACAAGAUCUGAAGUCUAAACUGGAAGAGAGAAAUUCACAGGAACAUAUUCCAUCAGAGAGGCUUUUUCAGACGUCCUUGGAAACCAAACAUAUGACAAUGGAUUGCAGGAAUUUGAAGGUAGAAGUUGUGUCCAGUUCUAUCAACACUACAGAACUUUUGAAAGAACUUUCUGCUGCCAAAUCACAAAUGGAUCAGCAAGAUCAGGAACUGGGAGAAAAGAACAAACACAUUUUGACACUUGAACAAGAAAUUACACUACUAAAAAAGGAGGCUGAAACAUUUGCUUUGCUUCAGUCUAAAAAUACAUCAGCUGACUUUGAUGACCUCAAAAAAGUCAACUCUGACCUGCAGACUGAGGUUGCCACCCUUCGUGGUGUCAAAGCUGAACUAGAGAAGAAGAUUGGAUGCCUUCAGAAAAAGGUGGAGGAAGAUACGGCACCUCUGUCUAAAGAUGGGGAGGUGGGGCUGACAAACCCUAACACUCUUGGAUCUAAAAGCAGAGUGAUCGAUAGUGAAAUAAACAUGCUGUCUGAAAAGGAGGCUGAACUUUCACAGAGGGAGAAAGCCCUAAUGUCAAAGGAGGCUCAGCUUUCAGUCCUGCAGAAGAGACUGAAGGAAGCACAGGAUCGUCUGGAGGAGGAGGAGGCACAAGCGGUGCAAGAGGCCCGCAGGAGGGAGGUGGAGAGAAGGAGAGAGCUGCUGGCUGUGGCAGAGGAGGCCAUCGCUCAGAAAGAUACAGAUCUACAGAAGAAACAAGAAGAGAUUAACCGGUUAAAAGAGGAGAUUAAAACUAUCGAGUGUAAGAUGAGCAGUCUGGCUGUUGAUCUACGCCGAAGGGAAGAUGAUUCAUCUGAUCUUCGGGAAAAACUUGGUGACUCGAAGAAACAGAUUCAACAGGUCCAGAAGGAGAUCUCCUCCAUGCGAGAUUCUGAGAAAUCUCUGCGACUGAAGCUCAGUGAUCUAGAAAAGAUUAAAGCCCAGCUCCAGAAUGAGAUGGCCAACAGGGACCGCAUCAUCAACCAGCUGAAAGCUGAACGAUCCUCUGAAUCUAAGUCAAAUGAGAAUCUGCUGCUCUAUCAGAAAGCAUGUAAAGAUUUGCAAGAGCGUGAGCAUGUUAUUGAAAACAUGCGUUUGGCUCUGACAGAACAGGAGGAAACACAGACACAGCUGGACCUGGAGCUGGACAACAGAGAUACUCAGAUAAAUGAGCUCGCUCAGGAAUUGGUGAGGUUAAGAGCAACGCUCUCUGAACAGAGGAACAGGAGAGAUUCUAGACCGAUCUCUGAUGACAUUUUACAGGCCAAACAAGAGACCACUCAGGCCCAGGAGAGCUUGCAGCGAACCAAUGAGAAGCACCAGGCAGAGCGUAGGAAGUGGAUGGAGGAGAAGUUGGCUCUGAUUGGUCAGGCUAAAGAGGCUGAGGAAAGGAGGAACCAGGACAUGAGACGAUUUGCUGAUGAUCGAGAGCGGCAUGCCCGCCAACAGGCUGAAAUGGAGUCUCUGUCUGCAUGUCUUGCUGCUCGUGAUGAAGAGAUGGAAAGCUGGAGAAAAGAGAGAGACACACUUGUCUCAGCUCUGGAGGUUCAGCUGAAGAAACUCAUCAUGUCCAAUGCAGAGAAAGACCAACAGAUCAAGAUCCUACAGUCCAGUAACACCCCCCAAACACCAGAGAAGGUCACUGAGGACAGCAGGACCGAGGCACUGCGGGCAGAGCUGACUGCAAAGGAUGCAGAGAUUCAGAAACUGAAGGAACUCCUCAGUGUCAGUGUCAUGGAUGCCAGACUUCGCAGAAACUCAUCAACCCAGACGAUGGAAGAAGAAUUGUCUGAUGUGAAGCCUCUGAACACCAGUACACUCAAAAACACGAGCAGAAACAGAGGAUCUGUCACCAGUCAGAGUUCGUCCGCUAGCUGUCCGCUGGUGCUAGAUUCGUCAGAGAUCUCCACGGAAACAGGCAGGCGUUCCAGGUUUCCACGGCCUGAGCUCGAAAUUUCCUUCAGCCCUCUGCAGCCGGAUCGUUUCGCUCUUAAGCGGCAGGGAGAGGACUCUACCGUUACUGUUAAAAUCUCCCGACCCACUCGCAAGAGAAAGAGCGGGGAGAUUGAGAAGGAUGGGAUGGAAAGGGAGAACAUUAGGAAUACAAGGAGUAGAAUGAUUCCUCACCUAACACCUCAUCAGGAAGAGCCCUCAACUUCCCAGGAGUCAAACCAAAGAGGGAACAAAGACAAAACGAUCCAGAAGAUUGGAGAUUUUCUUCAGGGAUCUCCCACCUUUCUUGGGAGUAAAGCAAAGAGGAUCAUGGGGUUGAUGAGUGGAAAGUCCCCUGAUAGUGGGAAGAUCUCUCUAAAGCUUAAAUCCAAACAUGACAAACGAAAACACGACAGACCAGAUAUCUCCUCCCCAAUGGACAUACCGGCACAUCAGAUCAUUGGCCGGAAUCCAGGUGUGAAAGAGAGUGAAAACCUUAUCAAGAAACGUCUUCGUACGAGGACUGCUAAAUGAGCUGGAGGGAAAUGUUUUGUUUUGUUCUUUUUCUUCUUAAUUUUUUUUUUUUUUUGUAUUUUAAAUCAAACUAUUUUUUUUCUUUCAAUCUGAUGCACUGUUCAUAAAUAUCUAUUGUUUCUUAGUCAAAUUCUCUUUUUAGUUUUUAUCAAAUAUGGCACAUAAUAUAUAUUAUCCUGUAAAGUAGCUAACACUUGUGCCACUUUUAAUGGCAAGUUGAAAUGAUGGACAGUUAUCAUAAGUUCAUGUAUGGUGGAAUGAACAAAUUUUUUGCUGCUAGAGUUAGAAUGAAAGUUCAGAAAUCACUACUGCACAUUUCUGACACAAGGAUUCGCUGUACGUUUAAACCACGGUUAUUCGUUUACAUUGUGCUUAUGUUCCCUGCAAAUGAAUGCAAAAUGGUUGUUUUCCUCUAACCACUUUCUGUUUUUCAAGAGUUAAAAAUGCACACAUGCAAAAUAUAGCACAAUGUUAUUGUGGGGGGUUUUCCCCACUUGUCAACAUUCUUGUUUUUUUCCUGUGUUAAUUAGCCUGUCACAAACCUUUUAUAUGUGCCACUCACUUGAUAAAGACUCCAUUACCAUGUCAGUAAUACCGUGUGCCAGAUGCCUAAUGAAACCCAAAAGACUAUUUAUUUGAAUUACUGAACAAAUGUUUAUGUAACAGAUGGGUAAUAGAAUUUCCUGAUCACAGUAUGCGGCCCGGUGCUCUUAUCUAAAAUGGCAUGAAAGGAGUGCAGGGAAAGGGUGAGGAACUGGGAACAGGUCUAUCUCUCUUUUUUUUUUUUUGGCACUGAAUGACAGGAUGUGAACGGGGUGGUUGCUUGCAAUGAUGAAUCAUGUUGUGAAAGUGUGGGAGCAUUGGGUGAAGACAAAAUGGAGGAGUGAAAAGUGACUGUGUGGAGGAAUAAAGAGAUAAAGAAAAAACAUA